UAGAUUCAUAUUAAAAAUUACAGGCCUUAAGAAUCACACCAUUUAUAAAUUUAAGUUGUUCAAUCAGUCACCGCACAUUAACAGUAGGCGAAAAGAAUCAUGAUGAAAUUAAUUACUUCUGACUCUUCAGAAUCAGUGAUCAAAUGAGUAUUAUGACAUCACAACAGUAGUCCCCACCUAUGGCCAUUCUAGUAAUAGGAGAGUGCCUUCAAGAAGUUCUCUAAUGAUUUGGGGGAGAAGAGAUACAAUGUCUCAUUUUUUUCUAUAGUAACGAGAGUUUGAAAGAGCUUGCGUUUUGGGUCAUGCAGCUUUGGAAGCCUGACUGUAUGCUGGAACAUACUAUCAGUGACCCAAUUUGGGGCAACAUGAAGACUUCUUUGUUCUAAGAGGAAAAAAAUAAUAAGGUCUAGCCUUCUUGUUCCUCCUCCGAAUUGGAAUUCGGGAUCCAUGGUCCUGAUUCCCUCUGAUUUGGAAAGAAAGUCUUAUAAUUAUAAAUUACAUUCUAGUGUUAAGGAGCACGUCUAAGAAAUUUUCUCUUCAUUAAGAGUGACUGGAUUACUGCAGAAUGACUACAGAAGUAAUAUUACAUUAUCGACCAUAUGAGAGUGAUCCCACACAACUGCCAAAAAUUGCAGAGAAAGCACUUCAAGACUUUCCUACACGUCCACUAUCAAGAUUUAUUCCUUGGUUUCCUCAUGAUGGGUCCAGACUUCCACUCAAACCUAAAAGAUCACCACCUCUGAUUUCUGAAGAGGCAGCUGAAGAUGUGAAACUCUACUUAACCAUUUCAGAACAUGAUGUUAAAUCACAGAGUUAUGAUUGCACAAUAGAUCUUUUGGAAUUUCAGCCUAAUUUAAAAAAAAAAAAGCACUUAAUCUGGCCAUACGCACUGAAUGAACAGGCUAAUUCUGGAAAUCUAAAUACACGAUCAGAAAAGGGAAGACAACACAAGAAGAGGUUUUGGAGUGUUUCACUUCCCAACAGUAAUUGCACUGAAAAUAUUUUUCCUUUGUCUAAAAAACUGCAAGAUAGUUUAAAGGCACUGAAUUUGCAUUCACUUUAUAGGGGAAGAUGGACUAUAGAGCACACUAUUUGUAACAACCAAACUCUGGAAGACAUUUGGACAAAACUCAAUCAAAUUAUCAGACACAAUGAACUUCCAUCUUGUAAUGCUACGAUUCAGAGACACUUAGGCCAAAUAUGGGUAUUCUGUGAUAUUAGGUACUGUGAAUAUGUGGGAAAUCUUCUGAAGGGAAGAUUAGCUCUUACUGGGAGAAUGAAUUUAUACGUACGUAAAUAUGGCGUUAUUUUUAGUAUGUAAUGAAUUCCAGUCAUUGUCAAACAGAAGAAUAUUCUGAAUGAAUUGUGAUUUGGAAUCAAUAAAUUUUUAUGAGUUUUUAAA